UGAGCAAUUAAUCUACGGUGAACGAACAGUGCAGUCAAUACAUGAAAUCAAACUGAAAGUGCUGUGUUUCAUACGUUUGGAUGUAUCCCGCAUACUGUGUUCCGCAGGAGCUAUUGGAUCAUAGCUGUUUAUUUCGUACAUUGACGCCUGCAAGUAUAAUGUAUAGCAGUAGCAUCGUCGCAGUUAUAGGGAAGAAUGGCAGGCAGUAGAGAGGUUUAUCCAGAAUGCCGUUUCAAUAUCGACCGAAGAGGGGAUAUAUUGUUCUGGUGCUCUUUUCGGCUGCUACACUGUUGCUAGUGCAUUUUACAUAUCACACUUAUCCUGAAGACGUUUACAGUUUGCACACCAAUUUUAAAGGCAUAACAAAGGGGUACUCUACCAACAAAGCAUUUAAUGUAACCGGAAAAUUCGCCAGUAAGAAUGGUUCAACAUAUUCUGCUUCAGGAAGAAACACUGGAAACAAGUCAGCGCCCAUAAGCACCUUUUAUGUCCGCCAUAUUGCUGCCAAGAAGUUCCCAUUGAUACACUUUGACCUUAUGAAAAUGGAGCCGUUUACAUUCCUCGAAGAAUAUAGAAAUCCAUGCUACGCUAUUGAGCAAACCGAAGACCGGAAACUGCCUUUACAGUGUAUACCAUACUUUUAUCUUAUUGGUGCCCCAAAGUCCGGCACUACGGACUUGUUUAGGAGGCUAAUCAAACACAGGGAAAUCUCAGAGUAUGUUGUAAAAGAACCACACUGGCUAACGAGAAAGAGAUUCUUUUCACAUAAGAGUAAAGUACCACCACACCCUUAUUGGUCAUCCUAUGAGAAAUACUUCCGCGCUGCAACAGGUCAUAUUUAUGCAAAGAAAGACCCCAGCGGUUUCCAUCCUGUUAUUGUUGGCGACUGCAGUGCCUCCACCCUGUGGGACAACGAUUAUUGGACCUUUCUGCCAGAAUACAAGAAUCUCACUGAACCUUUAUAUACCAAUGCCGAUUAUAUUCACCAUUUUAAUCCAGAUGCCAAAAUUAUUGCGAUUGUGAGAAAUCCUACUGACAGAGAGGCAUUCACAAAGGACGAGAUAAAUUUCAUGAAGGAGUGAAGUUUGUCUUAAACACGACCAGAUCUUGUCUAGAACGGAAUACUUUACGGCAUUGCUUGUACAAG